CCACCAAGUCCGAUUGAGUAGUGUACGGAUACAAUCUGUCUCCGGCUCUUGGCGCCGAGGUUUGUCGGUUUCCUUGCGCUCUCCGGGAGUGAUCGUCGAGUUAUCCAGGUAUUAAAGCUGUCGAAGAUCGCUGCAAACUAAGGCAUCUGAUCCCCCGACACUUGCUAUCAUAUGUUCUGAUCCAUUUUGCUCGCAAUGCACUUCUAUAGGAUUGUCCUGCUUUUCGCGCCUCUGAUGGCCAUGGCUAGCCCUGUCGAAUUGGAAACAAGACAGGACAACACUUGUUGCUAUCAAACCGAGGACCUCGUCUUUGUGACCAAAGGCCAGUCAUCCCAGACUUUGGACACUCUCAACUGGUGCUAUUUACAGGUUGAUCGCGACACGACUGAUCCAGACAAUUGCGAAAAGGCGACGCGAUCGUAUUGGGCUGGGUACUGCCCCUCUGAUGGCACAAAGGUUAUCCCGUGUCCUUAGUUCAUGCCGUUUGCAUCGGAUCCCGGAGAUAACAUGCAAGGGA